UUUUCGAUUCUUUUUGUUGUUCUUUAAAUAGCUCUGUUCAGAUUUCUUGAUUUCAUAUUCUUCAGGGGAAGGGAAUUCCAUUGUUUCGUUUCAUGACGUGCAAAUUUAUGGAUUCCAUUAAUAAAAUACUGAUUUCAACCUCGGAUUCCUUUUUUUGGAAUUCUCUUGAUACAGAGUGGAGGUAUAAAACUGGCCUUGUAAGGAUGGCAUCUGGAGGUCCUUAUUUUGAUGAUUUGCGGAGCAAACCAGAGGUUAUUGAUCCUCCCCAGAAUGAAGAUAUGAUGGACAUCAGGGAAACUGUGGACGAUCCAGCUCAAAAUGAACUUAAACCGAACGUUGCUGUUUCGAGCAGCGUUCGCGAUCUCUUGGAAUGCCCGGUGUGUUUGAAUGCAAUGUACCCUCCAAUACAUCAGUGUUCAAAUGGUCACACACUGUGUUCUGGUUGCAAGCCUCGGGUGCACAAUCGCUGCCCGACGUGCAGGCACGAACUUGGGAAUAUAAGAUGUCUUGCAUUGGAGAAGGUGGCUGCAUCUCUAGAACUUCCAUGUAAAUAUCAGAGCUAUGGCUGCAUUGGCAUAUAUCCAUAUUACAGCAAGGUCAAACAUGAAUCCCAAUGUGUUUAUAGACCUUAUAGCUGUCCAUAUGCUGGAUCGGAAUGUUCAGUCGUCGGUGAUAUACCCUAUUUGGUGGCUCACCUGAAAGAUGAUCAUAAAGUAGACAUGCACAGUGGAAGCACAUUCAACCAUCGAUACGUAAAAUCGAACCCUCAAGAAGUUGAAAACGCUACGUGGAUGCUAACGGUUUUCAGUUGCUUUGGUCAAUACUUUUGCCUGCAUUUCGAAGCUUUCCAGCUAGGGAUGGCGCCAGUAUACAUAGCCUUUUUGCGGUUCAUGGGGGACGAUAACGAUGCAAAGAACUACAGCUAUAGACUCGAGGUGGGUGGAAAUGGGAGGAAGAUGGUAUGGCAAGGGGUGCCCAGAAGCAUCAGGGACAGCCAUCGGAAAGUUCGGGACAGUUUCGAUGGGCUCAUUAUCCAACGCAACAUGGCUCUUUUCUUCUCUGGUGGCGAUCGGAAGGAACUAAAGCUUAGGGUGACUGGUAGAAUUUGGAAAGAACAGUGAUACUUCAAAUCUUGGCGAGUGGUCGGUCGGUUGGUUCGUUUUUGUAGAGUAAAUGAGGCUUUCUAAUCAUGUGUUUCUGUUUCUAAUUAAGAUGCAAACACUUCUUGCUCUUACAUGAAACCAUGAUUUAGAAGAACUUCCCCUCCAUUGAUGAUUAUCAAUGAAGAACUGAACUUACUCAUAUUUCCCUGUUGAGUAUUAGCGGUAUCAGUUAUUACCCCA